AUGCUGAGAAAAUUUGUUACUAUUUUUCAUAUUUGCUUCAUAAUUACAUUGUGUCUUGGCAUAUCAAAGGCUUUGGUAAAUCCAGUCCAAUCACUGACAUAUAACCUACCUUCACCCACAAUCGUUCAAGAACGGGGCCUUACUCAUCGUGACAAUGUGGUUACUUAUACGACUACGAGCACUUCGUUUACAUCUAUUAUGCCGACUGAUACGACCAUACCGACUGAUACUCAUAAGCCAGACGAACCGUUUCAUUUGAGCUGGCCAAGUUGGAUGACAGAUGUUUUGUCCUACAUUUACAACGUAAUGGCUCUUGGAGCAAUCAUUGUGUUGUUUAUAAUUCUGGUAGAAAAGAAGAACCAUUCCAUCUCUCAAGGACAUUUCAGUCACCCUUCAAUAUACGACAUUUUUCGUGCAGCUCAGUUCCUCAUGACUACCGCUUUACUUUCUUUGCCCUGCCUUAGUUUGAGUUAUCGAAACUUUGCGUUCAAAAGUGGAUGGUUAAGUAGUUUACCACCAAGUUUUGUCGACAUUACGGCAAUAUCCAACGGGGUUGAUGAGCAGAUACGAGGGAAAGUGUGUAUCGUUUUCCAGAAUUGUUCGGAAAACACUGAUAGCGGAUGCAUGGAUAAUGUAACUCUACAUUCCGAUCUGCCUUUUUCUGGUUUCGCGGCUUUUGGACAAGCGCAAAAUGUUCCGGGCUACGAUCUAUUCUUCAUAGUUAUGCUAACGUUUUGCGCUGUCAUGGUAAUUGUAACUUGCAUUGCAUUUUUACUUGGUUUAUUGGCACGUUCAUGCAGAUCUCUAUGGGAAAAAUGGCCUACAUUGGAGAUCAUCGCAGACCACCUUUUUCUUUUUGUACUCGGUAAGUAG